AUGCCCUCGACCGCUGCAGGCUCCAGGCGCACCACGCACACCUCCCGCGCCACGGCUGCGAAUGCGCGCUCCCAGCCGUCCUCCACCACCGCCCCCCCAUCCUCCUCCUCCUCUUCCUCCUCCGCCCUCGCCAUCGCCCCCAGGACCAAGAACAAGGCCAAAAACAAGGACUGCGCCGACCACGACGCCCCCGACGGCUCCGUGCCCAAGAAGCCCCGUCCGCCCAGGCCCGCGCCCAAGGUGCUCCCGCGCCGCUACGACAAGGCCGACCCGCGCGACCUGGUCGUGCUCAUCGCCAGCAUGCUCAUGGAGCUGAUCGGCUUCAACGACGACAUCCCGCUGCGCGACGGCCGCCUGACGCGCUUCCACUCGCGCUCGCCGCCGCGCAUCUCCGUGCGCGACUAUCUCGCCCGCCUCACCACCCACGCCACGCUCUCGCCGCCCAUCCUGCUCAGCAUGGUCUACUACAUCGACCUGCUGUGCGAGCUGUACCCGUCCUUCACCGUCUCCAGCCUGACCGUCCACCGCUUCCUCAUCACCGCCGCCACCGUCGCCAGCAAGGGCCUCAGCGACAGCUUCUGGACCAACAAGACCUACUCGCGCGUCGGCGGCAUCUCCGUCCCCGAACUCGCCCUGCUCGAGCUCGAGUUCCUGUGGCGCGUCGAGUGGCGCAUCGUGCCCCAGCCCGAGAAGCUCGUCGAGUACUACCAGAACCUCGUCGAGCGCUGCGCCGACUACGUGAUGGAGCCCGAGCCCGCGCUCACCGACCCCGAGCCCGACCCUCGCCCAUAUCAGCAUGCAAGGCCCCACGGGGGCUCCGUCGGCUAG